GUGUUUAUCAUGCGGUAAUUGAUAAAUCGCCGACGGAAACGAAGUAUGUAUUCUAAUCGCGUGUUGGGUGUUAAAAAUCUGUCGGUAUGUCUUAGAAAAAUGUCGACAACGUGCGAUCUGCUAGAAAUAUUCCAGAAAUCUGUGGAAAGCGUUCAACCAGCCACAUUGCUGGAAAACCAGAUAAGCGUUACCGAGAGUCAUCUCGUCGUGAGAAAUGAGUAUCACGCACUGGGAAAGCGGUGCCACGUUAUAGGAUUCGGUAAAGCGGUGAAAGACAUGGCGUUGAAAAUGGAAUCAAUACUGGGCGAGAAAAUGCAGAGGGCGGUGGUGACGGUGCCAAUAGGAAUUUUCCGGGAGAGAAAGCCAAGUACCAGGAUUGAGUUCAUAGAGGGAGCCAAGAAUAACCUGCCGGAUAAACUUUCCAUGGGCGGCGCGUUGAGGAUAAAAGAGCUGGUUCAGACGUUGGCGGAGGAUGAUAUGCUUAUUGUGUUGGUAUCAGGAGGAGGCUCGGCGCUUCUACCAUUACCUAUUCCACCAAUAACUUUACAGGAAAAGCAUGAUCUUAUUAAACAAUUGGCCAGAAAAGGAGCUACCAUCAACGAGUUGAACUCAGUGCGAAAGCGGAUGUCAGUCCUUAAAGGUGGUGGAUUGGCAGAAUUAGCAUAUCCUUGCAAAGUUGUGACAUUGGUCCUUUCUGAUGUUAUUGGCGAUCCACUGGAUUUCAUAGCUAGUGGACCAAUGGUACCCAACAGCGAUAAACCACAGCUGGCUAUAGAUAUAUUAAAAAAAUAUGAGUUACUUGAUGGGAUAUCCAGUUCAAUCCAAACCGUCUUAUACGGAAAGAAGGACCUGUUGGCAAAUGUACCUAUUAAAGAGGGGCAGUAUGCUCAUGUGGACAACUACAUCAUAGGAAAUAAUCUAAUGGCGGCCACGGCCGCAUCAGCAGCUGCAAUUUCCAAAGGCUACCAAUCUAAGGUAGUGUCUACAUGCAUCCAAGGUGAUGUCAUCUGUAUUGCAAAAAGUUAUGCUAUGCUAACUGCGCUCCUAGCGCGCAGGCUCGCGGGCGACAAGAAUAACACUGACUUGGAGAAAUUUCUGAAAGAUUUUGAAAAUCGGCACAUAAUUUUAGAUGGGCUGAAAGAAGAAAUUAUGAAAUUGAAGGAUAAUUUGUGUUUGAUAUUUGCAGGUGAACCAACAGUAGUAGUAGCAGGUACAGGAAAAGGGGGUAGAAAUCAACAACUAGCACUUAAUUUUGCUGUUGAACUCACCGAACACGACAUUCCAAAAAGUGUAAAAAUAUCUUUUUUGAGUUGUGGCACAGAUGGUAUAGAUGGUCCAACAGAUGCUGCUGGUGCUAUAUCUCCAACUAAUAUAGGCUCUGAUUGGAAAAAGUAUGCCCAGGAAUGUCUGGAUAACAAUGAUGCAUACAGAUUCUUUCAGAAAUGGGAUAGUGGGGCUAAUCUCGUUAAGAUUGGACACACCGGUACAAAUGUUAUGGAUAUACACGUUUUAAUUGUAGAACACUAUCAAUAAAUAUGUAUAACCUCUGCAAGCCCCACCACACUCUACUAUAAUCAGUAACUGCAUGGCAAAAUUACUUGUGUACGUAUGACUGUAAAAAAUAGUGUCUGCUCAACCCCCGUCAUAUUUCUGCGCCUCAUAACAAGCACUUAUGUUCCUUUAAAAAACUCAAUUUCAUCUAAUUGCUCAUUUUACCUAAAGAGAGAUAUUGUUUGAGCAUAAUAGCUACCUUUUACAUUCAGC